AUGAAGAGCACCAAGCUCGCGGCGAUCCUGAUCCUCCAGGCCGUCCUGGUCAUGGGGAUCCUCUCACACGUGAACGCCGACUUCUUCCCCAAGUGCUGCAACAACUGCAGGUCCUUCUCCGGGGUCGACGUCUGCGACGACGCCCACCCCCAGUGCCCCAAGGGCUGCUCGGCCUGCCGCGUGGUGACGCCCAGCCCUCACAAGACGUUCCGGUGCGCCGACAUGAAGAGCACCGUCGAUGGCACCUGCGGCGGGCCAUGCAAAAAGCACUGA